AUGGUUACUGCAAUCUCUAAAUAUGAAUACUAUGAAACUGAAGUUAACCACGGAGAUGAAACUGAAGUUGACAAUGAUGGGGAAGAUGAAAUUUAUCAUAAGCGACCUGAUAAAGACAAAGCACUAAAGAAAUACAGAAAAUUGAAACUUAGACUAGAUGAUUUUAUGGCAGAAAUGAGGAAAACAGUCUCAUUAUUAGUGUCAAACUCUGUGACAACUGCAUCGUUCUCUGGUACUACUUCAACAUCAUCAUCAUCUGAUAUGACUGCAACUGCAGUGACAUCUGGUACUACUACAAUUGCCUCACCAUCUGAUACUACUACAACUGCAUUGACAUCUGGUAGUACUACUACAAUUGCGCUGAUAUCUGGUACUACUACAAUUGUAUCGUCAUCUGGUACUACUACAACUGCAUCGUCAUCUGGUACUACUACAGUUGCAUUGUCUGGCACUGCUGCAACCGAUCUAAAUUGGAGCAGCUACAGGCUUUAUCGCUCCCAGCACCCAGGACCUCUUUCUGAGAGGUCCUUUAACAAAUGGUGCUUUAAUAAUGGUAUGGAUGAGCCCUCAUUUAAAUGGAGAGCUCAUCCAUACAGGGGUGCUGGGAGGCACCAAGGAAAAAACAGCAACAAAAAAAUUUUAAAUAUCUUUAAUCAGUGAAGAUAUUUACAAUUUUUUUGUUGCUGUUUUUUCCUUGGUGUUUUAUUCUCAAUGAAAUAAAUUUAUAAUUUUAAUUUUGUUUGUUUUUAUUUUUUUAGUAUUUGUUUAGACUAUUAAUUUUUGACUAGAUAUUUAAUUUUUGGUUCACAAUAUUACAUGACUGUAAUUGUCCCCAAUAUAUAUCAUAUCAGUUAAAUCAGAAAAAUGUACUAUAGUAGAUAAUUAA